AUGUUCAAGCACAACUAUCAGCUGCAACGUCCUCUAGAGGACGAUGAUAUUCCACUCUGUCAAUAUGUGAUACCAUAUCAUCAUCAGCAACAGCAGCAGCCCAUGCCAUACCAAUGGAAGCUUCGACAACCAUCACCUGCACCAAGAUAUAUGUCUGGUGCUAGCUACUUUCCUCCCAUAAUUAUUACACAACCACAACCUGUUAUACGAAGACCUUUUUACCUAACCACGCCGUCUUCCCUGCUUGACACAUUCUCAGACGAAGAUGAGGACGACGAAGAUCUGGUGCCAAUCGCUGUGCUACAGAGCCCAAUUCGAAAUCAACAGCAAUUCCAAUCAGCCGCAGAAAAAUACAAGGAAAAAGUAAAGGCUCAAUUACAAUAA